AUGGUGGGCUGCAGCGACGAACUCUACCCUCGAGUCUUCGAAAUUUGCAAACUCAUGGGAAGUGAAGACAGUAUCUUCCACUGCGGGGAACUGGGCUCUGGACUUCAAAUCAAGCUUCUCAACAACUACCUGUCAGCUCUUACUGCAAUGGCCACAGCAGAGACCUACAAUAUCGGCCUACGAGGCGGCCUCGACGCACGCAAGUUGGACCGUGUGAUCAACGCGAGCUCGGGAAUGAACUUCAACUCCAAGAUAAAUAAUCCAGUUCCAGGAAUGACUCCAGCAAACGCCGCUAGCCACGGUUAUGUGGGAGGCUUCUCAAUUGAGUUGUGUCUUGGAGUCCUAGAACUAGGUUUCAAGACCGCUGAAGACGUUGGAGCCAAAACAGUGCUGGGCAAGCCCAUGCUCGAGGCUUACAGAGACGCUGCCAGUCAUGAGGAAUUUCAGGGUAAAGAUUCUAAGGUGAUUUACAAGUGGCUCGGGGGAGAGAACCCAGAUCUUUCAUAG